AGAAAAUAUAGAUAAUACAAAUAAUUUUUCCUUGAACAUCACCUAAAUUUAUAAAUUUUAGUGUUUAUUUUUUUUGAAAUGGCCACUGAAGAUGUAUAUGAUCAGGUAAUAAUUGUAAUAUAAUUAUUUAAUACAUUAGUGAUUGAGUAAAACAACAUAUCAUAUGUUUUAAUUCAUCUAUAUAUCUACUAUAAUACCUAAAUCUUAAUUUCAAAAUACAUAGAUACUGGAAUCUAUAUUUUUACUUUUUAUUUAGGUAUUAUUUCUAAUCAACUUAUAUACUUAUUGUUCAAUAAAUGUCUUAAUUUACUCAUGUAACAUUAUUUUGAUAUAAAUACAAAUUAUAUUGCUCUGAAAAAUCUUAAUAUGAUUUCAUUCCUAUUCAUUAACAUCAAUGUUUUGGUUAUAAUACAAAAUCAACAACUUGUUUCCUAUAGUCAUGCACUAUAUAAAACACUUACAUUUUAUCUGUUAACUCUUGUAUUCUAGUUUCUUUUAAUUGUUAUUAGUUUUUAUCAUUAAGUUUAAUGUUCUACAAUAUAAUUAUUGCUUUACCAUUUGUGUACAUUUCAUCUCUGUACAAAUGCAACAUUAAAGUGUAUACAAUAUAUUAGGUACUUUACUAUCAGUGUUUUGAAAACAAUUUCAUUUUUUACUUUUUUAUUAAAAUAAAAUUUUUCCCUUUAUAGAUUUUUAGUCUGUAUUCUGAGCAAGGAGCUAUUAUCCAAUGACUUAUGUUUAAAUAAAAGUAUCUCUUAUGUAUAGACAUUAAAAAUUUAAAAUGGAUAAAUUUUACCACAGAGUUUAUCUUUACAUUCUUUAACAAAUUAAUAACUUAAGUUUUUUCAAGUAAACUGCUCAGAAUCAUUUUAAAAUGCAAUGAUUAUUAUUUAGCUAUUUACUUUGCAUAAAAAGUAUUUUAUUCAAUUAAUAAUUUAAGAACAAUACUACUUUACAUCAAAGUGAAAAGGAAUUCCUACCAAAUAUUCAGUUCUUAAUCUACCUAUUUGUUUUAAUAGUAUUAUAGUAUUUCUAGAAUUGUAUUAAUUAUAAUAUAUAGACUUUUAUAAACUAUGUGAAAUAAUAAUAAUAAAAUUAUAGAAAUUAUUAUUAAGAAUCAUUAACAUUUUUAAAUAUUACUACCAAAACACUAGUACUAAAAACUUUCUUUGUGUAGGCUAUUUUUAUAAAAUUAUUUUUUUGGAGCUAUGAUUCCUUCUAGUUGAGCUUUUAGUUGCUGGUUGGAUCGUUUUAAAAAGUUAAUCUCUUCAUUGUGUCUUUGCUGUUCAGCAAUGCGUUGUUCAGUUCCUUGUCUUUGAGCCAUUUCAUAAUUUGCAAUUGCUGUUGCUAAAUCAUCUUUAAUUUUCUGUUUUUCAACUUCCAUUUCAGUCAGUCGAUCUUGCAUGUCUAGCUUGUUGUGUUCUGCAGACAAUGACUUUCUUAUACCAAAUGCUAUACUACUCUCAUAUAAUGAUCGAUAUGCAUCCAUUGUCAUGUUAAGUUCAUCGCGAACUUUUAAUAAUAAAAGUCCACGUUCUGCACAAUUAAUAGUAACCUAAAAAUGUAUAUUUUUUAAAAAAUUAAAAAAUGUUAAUAAUAUCAUAUUUAAUAUGUAACUAACCUGACGAAUUAUCUCAUCAAAACACUGAGAGUAUAGAGCUCUUCUAAUUGGACAAAUACCUGUUUCUCGUGCCUGUAAAUGUUGUAAACUCAUAUCCAACAUUUCUGUCAACUUAAUUACAUCCGUUCUAGUAGCUGGUUGAUUUGAAACUUUUUGUCUCCAUUGUUUUCCAUUUUCUUCCCAUUCUCUUGGUGGCAGAAUACAGUUAAGAAUUUCAUCACAUUCUUUAAUUUUUUCGUUUGAUAUUAAACCAUCUUUUCCUUCUAGUUUCUGUUAGUAAUAAAUUAAUUAACUUUAUUAGCAACAUACCUAUUAGAUUUAAUUGUUCACAAACCUUUUUAGGUAGUUUUUCUUCGCGUUCAGUAACUAAUACAGGAUUACCAUAACGUACCAAAUUCAUCUCCAGAGGUACUAUUCUUUCUGCCAUUAUAAAAACUUUAAGUUUUUUGUUUUUAUAUUCGUAAAAAAUGAUCUAAAAUUAAUCUUAUCUUUUAUUUAUUGUUGAGACACAUAACUUUGGAAGAAAAUUUUGACAUAAAGUGGAAUGGUAUCUUUUAAAUCAGUUGCCAUGGCAAAUUACAAUUAUUGAUAAACAAUAUAAUGCAUUCAUUGAUAAUUAUUGUAAUAAAGGUUUAAAACUCAAGUUUAUUUAUUUUAAUUGCCAUGAAAUAUAUCUAUACCAGUUUUGUUUUUUAAAUAAUUAAUAUAUAUAAAUAAAUUAUAAAUAAUUUAUUGAUUAUUACUCAAGGUAUUAUUAGGUACUUUUUCAUAUUCCUAAAUUCACAAAAAGAAAAAUGUUCUUUUUACAUUUAUUACAAAUUUAUAUUAUGAGCUUCAAUUAUAAUAAUUAAGUACUGUUUAUGAUGUGUCAUUCAACUAAUAUUUGUAUGUUAUCAUUUUAGUUUGACGAAGAAGAACAACAAGUAGAGAGUCAAUCGUUUACAAAAGCUGGCCGAAAACGGCUUUUCUCUAAGGAAUUACGUUGUAUGAUGUAUGGUUUUGGUGAUGAUGAAAAUCCUUACACUGAAAGUGUUGACAUACUUGAAGAUCUCGUAAUUGAGUUCAUCACAGAAAUGGUAUACUAACACCCAUAUUUUUUUAUACUAUUUUAAUUUUUUUUAUUGUAUUUUAUUUAAUAUUAUCGAUAGACACAUAAUGCCAUGGAAAUUGGACGUUCUGGACGAGUUCAGGUUGAAGAUAUUGUUUUCUUAGUAAGAAAAGAUGCAAAAAAGUAUGCUAGAGUCAAAGAAUUAUUGAUGAUGAAUGAAGAACUAAAAAAAGCACGCAAGGCGUUUGAUGAAGGAAAAUUUGCUGGUAAAAAUUAAAUUAUUUAAAACCAAAUACCUAGUGGAUCAUAAUUUUAAAUGUUAAAAUACUUUUGAUGCACUUUUAAUUGUAGGAAACAUAACAUUUUUUUUUAGUAUUUCAAUUUUAUAUUUUAUUCGUAUAAUAAUUCAAUUUCAAUGUAGUUUGGUGAUAUUGGUUAGAAUUUUUAAAAAAAAAAAAAAAUUGUUUAUUUAAUGUCUGUUUUUAAAUUACACAAAAUAAUAAUUAUCAUUUUAUUAUUUCAGGUAAUGAAGUGCCAAGUAACGGAAAUAAUAGUAUCACUAAAUAAUGGUUAAUACUUUUUGAAUGUGUUCAAUGUUGUAUUUAUUUUAAUUGUUUUUAACAUGUAUGUAAAUAAUUAACUACUGUCCAGUUUUAUAAAUAGCUUUAAGCAUUUAUACAUUAUAAAUUCUGUUGUAUUAUUUAUGUGAUAAAUUUUAUGAUAAACAAGGGCUUUUUUUUAAUUAUAUAUUUGAAUACAAAAAACACCAAUACACUAUAAUAAUUAAAUGUAUUUACAUACUAUACUUGAAUUUGAUUCUCUAUAGUUGUAAUUUAUUUAUCAAAAUUAAUUAAAUAUUUAACUUAAUAAAGUGGUUUAUUAUUUACCGGUUGUCACUUAAUGUAAUAGCUACUGUGAUAUAAAUUAAGUUUUUAGAAUUGGUAGAAAACUAGAGAUUGUUUUACCUCCAUAAGAUAUCAAAGCACUUUGGUUUAUAUUGUACUCUAAUAGACAUAAUUGUAAUUAUAUUUUUUUUAGUUUUGGUAUUAUUAUUACUAUCUUUAUGUUUACAUGGUAUUAUUAAUGUUUAUCAUUCAAAUUUAUUGUAUUAAUGUUAUUUUUUAUGAUAAAACAAAUGAGUUGCACAUGUCUUACUAAUUUUGUAUUAAUGUUUACUGACAUCAAAUUAAUUUUUAAAAUGUAAGGUAUAUAAUAUUUCCC